UUUAGGCACUCUCAAUGAAACCUAUAUUAACUUGAGAGAGAAAGCAAAAGGAUCAAUCUGUUUAAGGAUGGUAGACGUUUGGUGCCAAGUGUGGAACCUGCAACUAUUGUUGUGUCUCACAGGACUCCUGCAGUGGGAUCUUUGCAGUGGUCAGAUUCAGGUCCAGAUACAGAAAGGUCCUCUGUAUAGAGUGAAAGGAUAUCCCAUCUCCAUAUCCUGUAAUGUUACAGGGUUUACAGGCCCAUCUAACCGGGAUUUUCAGUUCAUUGUCAAGAAACCAAACAUUAUUAAUAUGAUCAGUACCAGUGACCCAGGCUUUGCCUAUGGAAUGUUCUCCGAUAGAGUAAGAAAUAAAGAGAUUGAGAUUCAAAGGCUGUCAGGAUCUUCAGUUCUCUUGAAGAUCAACAAUUUGCUGGAGAAUGAGGCAGGUGAUUUGCUCUGUGAGACCCUACACACAGGUGGUGCAUAUUACGGAGAUUAUGAUGAUGAAACAAAGCUUAAUGUGAUUGCAGACACUCUAGAGGCAUCAUACUCUGGCUCUCCCUCUCAGAGCUUGUCUGAAGGUGAUCCUCUUCAGCUUGAGUGCCAGGUCUCCAGCCAGACUUUUCAACAUACUCAUCUGUCCGUCACCUGGUUUCUCCAUGGUGAACAGGAUGAAAACCCCCGGCCAAUCAUUACUCUGGAUAAAGAUCUGACUGUAAAGCCAGGAGCUGAAUUUGAGGAUCGCUAUGGUGCUGGUCUUAUCAGCAUGGAUAAGGUGGAGGACACAACCUACAGACUGAAGAUGCCUCAAGUGCAGCUGUCAGACCAGGGGAAGUUCUUCUGCAAAGCCAUUGAGUGGAUCCAAGACCCAGACCGUUCCUGGACACAGAUUGCCCACAAAACCACCACAGCAUGCAAUGUGGAGAUCAAACCAAUCGUGGCCCCUGGUGUAGGUUCAUUCAGUGUUUAUUUGAAGGCUUCAAAGGGGCCACUACAGGAGGGAGACGCACUGGACAUUCACUGCAGUGUGAAUGCACAGAACCAUCCUGGUCAUUUCUUCUCGGUGACUUGGCUGAAGAACCAGCAGAAAGUGGCCCAAAUUGGAUCAUUUGGGAUGCUCACUAUGUUUGAUAGUUACAAAGAGAGAGAGAAUGCAGCAGAGAUGAGAGCAGUGAAAACCAGUCACAUGGACUACCUGCUGACCAUCCGUUCGGCUCGGGCUGAGGACCAAGGCCAAUACCAGUGUGAAGUAUGGCAGGAAAACAUGAAUGAAGAUGGCACCUUCAAAAAAGUACAAAAACAAAUGUCUAGUCCAGAGAAUUUGAGCAUCACGGCUAAAGAGAGUGAUCUGGCGGUGGUCAUGGUGAUGGAGGAUGCAGUGACUGAGGGAGAUGCUCUGCGGGUCACCUGCUCAGUGUCGGGAUUCAAAGGUCCUUUAUCUGUGUCAUGGCAACACAAGAAAGACUCGGGGGUUUCCUUCAGUGAUGUCAUUAGUCUGACCCAUGAGGGAGUGAUGAAAGAUGUUGGGGCAAGAUAUCAGAGCAGAAAUGUUCAAACACUUCAUUCUCCAGCUGGAAACUUUAUUCUAGAGAUUGGUGCAUCUGCAACAUCUGACAGCGGCGAUUAUAAGUGCAUUGUGUCUGAAUGGACAGUACAGAGCAAUGGCGAGAUGAAGACAGCCAACACCCAAUCUCAGCAAAAAGCCAUUAUAGUUAAUUCUGUUGAAUCUCUAAUGAAGGUGACCUUGAAAAGUCGUACAACAAAUGUUCCUAUAGAGUCUCCAGUAGAACUGCUAUGCACAGUCAAAGGGCCUAAAGUGUCUUUGGCUGUACGCUGGAUGUUUCAGCCCCGCAAUUCAACUGUUCAAACAAAUAUUUUAUCCAUACGCCACACUGGAGAAAUCGCCUGGAGAGCAGAUCAGAGAAACUAUCAGCUGUCCAUUGAAGCACUGCCGACAGACACUCGUUUCACUCUCAUGGUGCCGAGAGCCAGCAAGCAACAAGACGGACAGUACCAGUGUCAAGUUGAUGCCUAUCAAAAGGAUGUACAGAAAGCCUUGAAGAACUCCAACCCAUUGGCGGUGACUGUACAAAAACCUGUCAGCAAGAUGAGACUGUCCUCACCCACCUCUCAUUUGGAAUACACUGUCAACACUGAUGCUAAGCUUGAAUGCUCAGUCAUGAGGACAACCACAAAUACCUCUCGUUUCACGAUAACAUGGAUAUUUGGAUCCCAGAUGCUCUUAUCUAUGGACCUAGAUGCUGUUGUCAAGUUUGGCCCUGCAGCUGGCCUAGAGAUGGACCAGAGGAUCCGUAUGGAAAUAAGACAGAAACAGAACUUCCAGCUGACUAUCCACCAAGUCAGAACAUCUGACAGUGGACAAUAUCAUUGUGAGGUGGAAGAGUGGCUUCAGGAUCCUCUUGGUGACUGGUAUUCCCUAAAGAAAAUGUCUGUUUCCACAGAGAUGGUUGUCAAAGAGAAAGCCAGUGAUUUCAAAAUGAAUAAAGCUGACACUCAGCUGAAGGUUGAAGAGGGAAAGCAGCUAAUGUUGAAAUGCUCAGUGGAUGGUAUUGGGUCUGAUUCCACUCUUCGUUACUCCCUUACCUGGAUGUUUGACCGAUAUCAGUCCUCCAAUGUGGCACUUCUGACAUAUAGUCAUGAUGGCCGUCUGAAGUACAACAGCUUUGACUCAGAGCUUGAGGGACGACUCCACUUCUUCACCCCAGAAGUGGGUGUCUUUCACUUGACUAUCCAUAGAUCUAUCCAGGAAGACAGGGGGCGCUACUACUGUCAAGUUCAACAGUACAAGCUGGACUGUAAAGGCCAAUGGUCACUUAAGGCAAGCGACAAGUCAGGUUUUACCAAUGUUACUGUUCAGCUAAUAGAGAACAAACUACACGUUCACAAGAAGGAAGAAAGCCUAAACAUUAGCAAUCUACAAGCGGGGUUCACCAUUGACUGUGUCAUUGAAUCACGGUCCAGUGAUGCAUCUGUGUUUGAGGUGACUUGGUCCAGGCGUCAGAGAAAUGAACGACCUGUCAUCAUGUUCAAUGCCAGCCGUGAUGGUACCUUACACAGUGCAAUCAAUGAUAAAGAUCUGGUGUUUGGACACCCAAAAGGCAUGCACUAUAAGCUGACAGUGCCAAACGUCAACCCCACUGAUACUGGCCUGUACCACUGUCAGGUUGUUGAAUGGAUUCAGACAGCUCCAAACAAGUGGAGAAGGAUAGGUGAAGACAAAUCUGGGGAUAUAUCCAUCCAUGUGGACACUGAGGAAAGGCAAAAAGAGGGCAGCUUUGCCAUGGACAAGAAGGACAAGGAUCGUUUCAUCAAAGAAGGAGAGCAGUUUGAUCUUGAAUGCUCCCUGGAUGUAGGAAAAGAGGACCCUACUCAUCUCUACAGUCUCACGUGGGUAUUUAAUAGACCAGAGUCAACUAGCGGGAUACCAUUAUUGUCCUACUCUUAUAAUGGUCGUCUACAGUACCAUAUGAAUCAGGACAGGUUACGCUUCUCUAUACCUACUUCUGGUACUUUCCAUCUGGCAGUAUUAAACUCUGAUAUAGCUGAUAAUGGAAGCUACCAGUGCAGAGUUGAGCAGUACCAGUUUGAUUGUGAGGGCCAGUGGAAACCAGUGGCAAAAGACCUAUCAGGCUCAACUAUGGUCACAGUUCACAGUAUCGAAAGUAAACUGCAUGUUCAGAAGGACAACCGAAUGCUCAACAUUACAAAUCAUCAGGCUGGGUUCACCGUGGACUGUGUCAUUGACUCACGAUCCAGUGAUAAGUCUGCCUUUGAGGUCACCUGGUUCAAGGUUCAGAAGGAAGCAGGACCAGUCACAAUAUUCACCGCCAUGCGUGACGGUAUCUUACACAGUGAAUUUAGCUAUAAAUAUCUGGUGUUUGGCCGACCACUUGCCACACACUAUAAACUGACUGUGCCACAGAUCAACCCCACUGAUAUGGGGCAAUACUACUGUCAAGUUGAGGAGUGGCUUCUAACUGCUAACAGCUGGAAGCAAUUGGCUUCAGAUAAAUCUGGAGGGCUCUCCAUCUAUGUUCACACUGAAGGUGAUUCUGAAAUACAGACAAACCCAUUGGGAGCGACACUGGGGGUCACUAUUCCUCUGAUUUUCAUUCUAGUAUUGGUCAUAAUAUUGUUGUUGAGAAGGGAUCACAAAAGGAAUUCUGAACUGAAGAAGAAGAAAGACAGUCUGUGGGCUGAAAAUAACCCUCUUACUCCAAUGCCUGAGGAAACUCCGGGUGCAGGAGAUCAUUCCUAGAUCCUCUAGCACAGUAGCUGUAUUAGUGCAGUAAAACACAAUUGCAUACACAAAAUGUUGUUACUGAGGGAUAUCUAGCCUAUUUUAACAAAGUUAACUUACCCCUAAAUUUAAGGAUCAUUCUGACCAGACUGUUUCAUUUGUAUUGCUAUAACUAUUUAUUAUAAGAGGUAAAAUAAAUAGAAUAUUUAAACUAGUGGUUCUCAGCUGGUUUUGUUUCAGGGCCUUGAUUUUAUAUUAUACAUCAAGUGGUGACCAAACACAGAAUCCUACCAAGCUAAACAAAAAUGUUUGUUUAUAUUUAAUAAGCUUGUGUUUAUAGUUUGAGAAUCUCUUGAGUUUAGAUUUUAUACUCUUAGUUAUUAAUCCACUGCAAAUAUCACACUGUGGCCAUGUUUAAUCUCUUUUGAAAACAUAUUUCAGGUUGCAUUUUACCUCGCUUACACUGUAAAAGUGAUAAGUUGACUUAACUUAAAGAAAAUUAGGAAACCCGUUGCCUUAAAAUUAUUAAGUAAAUAUUUAUUUAUUUAUUUUUUUUUUUUUAAAGUUGACAAUUCAAUUUUCAAGAACUUGACAAUUCACUUAACUUAUUUUUUUAAUUAUCAUUUACUUAAAAAUUUUAAGGCAACGGGUUUUCUAAAAAAAAAAUUAAGUUAAGUCAACUUAUCACUUUUUACAGUGUAGUUUUGUUCUUGGUUUUUGAGGAUGAAAACAUCAUGCAAAAAAAAAAAAUUAAAGUAAGUAUUUAUUAAGUAUUGCUACUAUUUAACCUUGUUUUUACCCUACUGUCCAUUGUAUCAGAACAGAACUACAACAUAUUUUUCACUUGGUUUCUGCAGUUGUAAUUGCAUAUUAUUAUAGAGUUCACAUUGGAAUUGUGCUGUAUACAUGGCUGUAAACAAAUUAAGUUAUAGUUACGAUGGUGCUAUAUUUUCAAUUGUAUGCAGUUAAAUUCAUUCUUUUCAGUUGCUCACAGGCAGUUCAAUAGCAACAGCAACUGUGGUCACUGAGUCAGAUCACCACACAUGCUGUUAAGACAUUUUCAUGGUAGACAGGAAGUCAAGAUGCUCUGAGCAGAUCUGUUUAACAAUCACAAUUCAGUGGUUGUGGGUUUUUUUUUUUUUGUUUUUUUUUUUUGCUCAAGUAUGUUGGGUUGAUCUGACAAUGAAGGCACAGAGGAAAAUGCUUUCUUUGCAAAAACACAGUAUUUUUGUGCACUUUCAUAUCAAUAAACUUUUUAACCUUUUACACUUAAGCAAUAACCUGCCAAGAGUCUUCUAAAAAAGAGACCAAACUUAAGUCUGUGUUCCAAAGCAUUCAAGAUUUACUACAGUUGGAUUUGAAAAUUUUCUAUGCUCAAAAAUUGACAAUAGACAAUAAAUGGAUUAUAACUUCUGCAUAAAUUUACUACCAUAAAAUCCACUAGAAAAUACAAAAUAUUAAAUAAAAACUUUGUCAAGCAAAUACAUGGUACAUUCCUUUCACUGAAUAAUAAUAAUAAUAAUACACUCUUAAAAAAUAAAGGUGCUUCACAAUGCCAUAGAAGAACCUUUUUUGUCUAAAUGGUUCCGUAAAGAACCUUUAACAUCUGAAGAACCUUUCUGUUUCACAAAUGGUUCUUUGUGGCAAAAGAUGGUUCUUCAGAUUAUUAAAAGGUAAGAAAGAGAUGGUUCUUUAAAGAACCUUUGACUUAAUGGUUCUUCUAUGGCAUCACUGUGAAGAACAUUUAAAGCACCUUUAUUUUUAAGAUCGUAAUAAUAAUAAUAACAAUAAUAAUAAUAAUAAUAAAAUAAUAUCAUUAUCAUUUUGACUAGGUCAAUGCCUAGGAAGCGAUUUCUAAUGAAGGGGGUAAUACCAGGUACUGAAAGCAGGAGUGUACUAUAUUUUUCUAAAGAUUACAAAUGAAUUUCCAAACAUU